AUGACAUAUUUGCACAGUGACUAUUCCAACCGCAGCCCUUUUGCCGAACCAACUAUUUUUGAAAAGGUAUCUCAGCGGCUACCUGCAAUCUUUCGGUGGGGGGCUGAUCGAAUUCGAACUCGCGUUGCUUUCUUCGGAAACAUACCUUCCCUCGCUACAAGACGCAACAGCCGGCCAGGUGUUAAGGCAGUUCUUCAAGCACUCUUUACUGUUCGCACCGCGUUGAUUCUUUUAUGGGGGCUUACACUGUGGUGGGGAGAAAGGACUGUAUUCAAGGAGAGCCUGAAGGCUUGCAAUUGGAGUCAUUGGGAAAAAUGGCCUGCCAACGCCAAACCUCAUCACAUCGCCUUUAUAGCCGAUCCACAACUUGUUGAUGCACAUACCUAUCCUGGUCGACCGUGGCCUUUAUCCUCAUUAACCGAAUUUUACGUGGACCUGUACCUGUACCGUACUCAUUCACUGCUUCAGAAGUAUCUACGGCCUGAUAGUACAUUUUUCCUUGGUGAUCUCUUUGAUGGAGGAAGGGAAUGGGGCACGGAUGGAUAUUCUAGCCCGGAUCCUAGCUUCAAGAGCUACGGGCACGACUAUUGGAUGAAAGAAUACAAACGAUUUUCACGAAUAUUCUUCGAAACCUGGGAGUUAGGGGGAAAGGGUUCCUCAUUAAGCCAUAGUGGAAGGAGGAUGGUGGCAGGUCUACCAGGAAACCAUGAUAUCGGCUUUGGGAAUGGCGUGCAAACGCCAGUUGUCCACAGGUUUCGCUCCUUCUUUGGAGAAUCAAACCGAGUUGAUAUCGUAGGAAAUCAUACGAUAGUCUCUAUUGAUUCGAUCUCAUAUAGCGCUCGGGACCAGGAAAAUCCAGAAACAGGGGGAUCAAAUCUUAAUAACGGAGAGACAGCACAGGUGUGGAGAGAGACACAGCAGUUUCUUGACAACAUGAAAACACUGAAACAAGAGGCUCUACGAAAAGAGUUAUCUACUUUGACGGGGAAGGAUUCACCUGCCACGGAUCCGGAUAUACAGCUUCCAACAAUCCUUCUCACACAUGUUCCUCUGUACAGAGAGCCGCAUACCCCUUGUGGCCCUCUACGUGAGCAUUGGCCGCCAUCAUCGACUAAUCCUCUGCCAGACAAAGAUGAGAGAAAUUCAAUCCAUAUCGGUAAAGGGUAUCAGUACCAGAAUGUCCUAACUCCUGUGAUAUCAAACGAAAUAGUGGCUAAAACGGGACGGGUUAUGCAAGUAUACUCUGGCGAUGACCAUGACUACUGCGAGAUUAUUCAUACUGAGUUUAGCGGAGCUCCAAAGGAGAUCACAGUGAAGAGCAUGUCCUUGGCAAUGAGUGUUAGAGUGCCAGCAGUCCAACUAGCGACUCUUUGGAACCCCAUUGAUACAGAAACAGGUAGCCCUCUUGAUUCUGGUGGCUCCUCCACAACCCUACAGAACCAGAUGUGUCUGCUCCCUAACCAAAUAUCCAUAUUUAUUGUCUAUGGUUACACAUUUGCCCUUACGAUUCUGGCUCUCUUUUUGCAUUCUAUAUACCUUUCCUUCCACCAUACAGCGGGGUCCUCUGCCAACACAGAUUCGAUAUUACCCUUGGCCUAUCGUCGGCCUAUCGAUGAAUACUAUCCUUGCUCGACCGAGUUCCCCGCCGCGUCACCGUCGACGACAUCAUCCAACUCAAUUGGAGGGGCAUAUUCUGUAACGCGAAGCAGGGCCGCCAGUACGACCAUUCCUCACGAAGCGCGUGGCUUUAAGCAAACUCAGACAGUUGGAGGAUCUGGAGAAGGGAAUAAUGGAGUUCCAGACUCUGCUGCAUCAACGGCCCCACCAGGCGUUAACACUAGAUCUCGACGGCCGGGAUGGAGUGUUCUGGACAAUAAUGACUAUUCUGAAAUAGCUGACCCUUCAUUGGAGAGGGGUCUUUCCAGCCGAGCUAGGCGUCCAUUCCAAGUAUUUCGAGAUGAGCUUGUGUCAUCUAUGAAAUGGGUUGGUGGGAUAUCUUUGGGGUGGUAUUUGUGGUUGCUUUGGACAUGGUGA